GAUAAUUUUAAUAAAUCAUUGGGUAAAAAUGCCACCAUAAGCAACCACUCAUAUUUGAGGACUAAUCGGUUGCUUGAGAAACAUCAACUGGAUAAUGAACCAACGGAUGCAGAACUAACAGAUGAUUUAUCAUGCAAGGAGAAAAAUAGCAAAUUAGAGAAACAAACGGAAGAUAAAUCGUCAUGCGAACAAUUAAAUGAAAGUAAUUUAAGCUGUAAAGAAGCGAAAGAAAUUGAUAAGAAUAAUAUAGAUUCAACGUCCGACGUUUUCAAAUGUAUACUUUCCAGUUGCGAAAAAAAUUCUCUUAGCACAGCCAAUCAUAUAUAUAAUGAAAAGAAAAAAAAAAAUUUGAGUAGUAGAAAAUUUAAGAAAAUGCGAUUUAAAAAGUUUUGCCUAAUAAGUGCCCCAUUUUUUAUUCUGUCAUUCAUAUGUUGUACAAUCCUAUUUAAUUACAGUAGUAAUUACAUAUAUUUAGGUAUAUUUUAUAUGUUAGAUGUCGUAGGAUUACUAAUUAUUAUGUACGUUCUUAUGAAAUGCUUUAAAUAUGAAUUUUUAAAAAAAAAGAAAAGCACCUAA